ACUGUUCAGCAAUGUUGUAAAAAACUGUAAAUGAAGUUUUAUGGUGUAAUUAAUCUACAGGCGUCUCCUAUAAAUAAACAGGUGUUCUCGUGUACUAUUGCCCUCCCUUUCACAUUAUUCAUGUCUUAUGUCAGACCUUAGUUGAAACAGGUUUUCUAGACAGAAAUGAAGCUGAAAAAGUCAUCUGAUGAGAAAUAUGUUCCUCUUAGUUACUAUGAAAUUUGGUUUGCUUCUUUGCUUGCACUUUUUAUUUGUGUUUGUGUUGGGCUUAUUGUACUUUCAUGGUUAACAAUCCAGGAGUUAGAAGGAGUUGAAACAGGUGGGAACAGUCAUCUCUACAUGGGAACAUUUAAAAUAGUCUCUGGGACAGUAUUCACUCCUUCUUUGCAUGAUAGAUCAUCAGCUGACUUCAAAAUCCUUGCCUUUGAUGUUGAACAGUUGAUACAAGAAAUUUUUCAAGCAAGUAUUCUGACAAAUGAAUUUGAGAGAUGUGAAAUUUUCCAGUUCAAGAAGCCUGAAGAAGGUCAUGAAAACUUCAAGUCUCAAACUGGUGUUGUUGUGAUCUUCAACCUUUAUCUUACCCAGAGGGUAAUGGCUGAGAAAAUAAAAAAUGAGUUGCUUUUGGGUAUUGACGCAAAUACAACUGGUCUUGUUCAGACUUUGAAAAUUGAUGUGAACAGCAUACAAAUCACAGAGUUUGCUGAAAAUCGAACUACAAUGUUGCCUUUAACUUCAUCAGAUCCCAUGAGUCUAAUUACAAGCUCCCUGACAUCAGUUCUGGAACAACUCACCACAAUCAAGUUCACAACUUCAGUUGAGUGCUUGCCACUUUCUGAAGUUUGUGCUGAUGGUGUAACCUGCAUUAGAAAAGAUUUAUUUUGUGAUGGAGUCUUGGACUGCCCGGAUGGUUCAGAUGAAUCUGAAAAAGGAUGUGCUGCAGUUUGUGAUGGAAAAUACAUGCUGACUGAUUCCUCUGGGUCUUUCCACUCUAUGAAUUAUCCAAAACCGUAUAAUGCAAAUAUUGUUUGCCGAUGGAUUAUACUAGUGCCUCAAGGGUUGUCAAUUAAACUGAACUUCACUUCUUUUGAUACACAACAAUUUGCAGACAAUCUAGAUAUUUUUGAAGGUAUAGGACAAAACAAGACUUUAAGAGCUUCUCUCUCAGGGUCUAAUGCUGAGACAGUAUACAUUUUUUCUCAUGAGGCUACAGCUGAGUUUGUAUCUGAUUAUUCUGAAAAUUACAAUGGCUUUAAUGCAACAUAUACUGCAUUUAAUGCAAAUGAGCUAAACAAUUAUGAGAAAGUCUAUUGCACUUUUGAAGAUGGCUUUUGUUAUUGGAGGCAAGAUUCAGACGAUGAUUCAGACUGGGAGAGAAUUCAGGGCCCUACCUUUCCCCUUAUGAGUGGUCCUGAUUUUGAUCAUACAUUUGGCAACAUGUCAGGAUUUUAUAUUUCAACACCCAUAGGACUUGGAUUCAGAGAAGAGAGAGUUCGGAUUCAGAGUUUGCCUUUGGUCUCUUCAGAUCCAUCUUGUCUAAGCUUUUGGUAUUACAUGUACAGUCCUAAUGUUUACCGUUUAAGUGUUAGCAUAAGUGAUGAACAAGGUGUGGAAAAGAUAAUUUUUGAGAAAGAAGGAAACUAUGGAAACAACUGGAAUUACGGACAAGUAACUUUAAAUGAAACAUCUGAUUUUAAGGUUAUCUUUGAUGCCUUUAAAAAGAAUGGUCCAAGUGAUAUUGCCUUGGAUGAUAUUGGCCUGACAAAGGGAAAAUGUAACGAAAGUAAUUAUGUAGAACCAACUGCAUUUCCAGUUGUUAUUACUACCCCUUCAGGUCCCAAUGACUGUGGAGGACCAGUUGAACUCUGGGAGCCAAACACUACGUUCAGCUCUGAAAACUUUCCAAACUAUUAUCCUAAUCAAGCAUCAUGUGUAUGGUACUUAAAUGCCGAAAUAGGGAAGAACAUUCAACUUCAUUUUCAGGUUUUUGAUGUGGAAUAUAUUUAUGAUAUAGUUGAAGUCAGAGAUGGCAGAGGACCAAAUUCUUCACUUUUGGCUGUCUAUACAGGACAAGGCCCAUUGCCAGAUGUCUUCUCUACAACAAACCAGAUGACAGUAAUCCUUUUUACGGACACGACUGUAACAAAGAAAGGAUUUCUUGCAAACUUCACUACUGGCUAUCGUCUAGGACCUUGUACACUCGAGGAAUAUCAGUGUCGUAGUGGAGAGUGUAUACCAUUGCAUAACCUUUGUGAUAACCUACCUCAGUGUGAAGAUGGCUCUGAUGAAGCGAAGUGCAUGAGAUUGCUUAAUGGUUCUUUAAGCACCAAAGGGCUGGUACAAGUCAGGAUUGGGAAGACAUGGCACCUGGCAUGUGCAGAUGAUUGGAAUGAGCAGAUUUCAGACAGUGUUUGCCACCAGCUAGGAUUAGGGGAUGCAAAUAUGUCAUCAACUGUAUUAUUCACCGGAGAUGGCCCAUUUGCUGACAUCACCAAAACAGCUAACCAAAGCCUUAUAUUUACAAAAAGAGAACACUGUUUGAACAACCGGGUGAUUCAUCUGCAAUGUAACAUUAAACCUUGUGGACAACGCUUGGUAACUCAGAACAAUAGAACAAGGAUUGUAGGUGGAAGUGAUGCCAGAAGAGAGGCUUGGCCUUGGGUAGUCUCACUUCAUUUUAAUUCCAUGCAUCUUUGUGGAGCCUCCCUUGUCAGCGAGGAAUGGCUGGUGACAGCAGCACACUGUGUAUAUGGGAGGCAUUUACAACCAUCUAAAUGGAAGGCAGUUCUUGGCUUGCAUGACCAAUUGAAUAUGACGCACCCCUCAACAGUAAUUCGAUACAUCGAUCAAAUAGUUAUAAAUCCUCAUUACAAUAAGCUUACAAAAGACGGUGAUAUUGCUCUGAUGCAUCUUCAGUACAAAGUGCAAUAUACAGACUACAUACAACCUGUCUGCUUACCAGAAAAAAAUCAACACUUUUUACCAGGAAUUAAGUGCUUCAUUGCUGGCUGGGGUGAUACUACAAGUGGAGGUUCCACUUCAAAUAUAUUGCAAGAAGCAGAGGUCCCUCUCAUUUUAAAUGACAAAUGCCAGCAAUGGAUGCCAGAAUAUAGUAUUACUGAGAAUAUGAUCUGUGCAGGCUACGACAUGGGAGGAAUAGAUUCCUGUCAGGGAGAUUCAGGAGGCCCUCUGAUGUUUGAAGAUGGUAACAAGUGGGUUUUGGUAGGUGUAACAUCAUUUGGCUAUAAGUGUGCACUUCCCGAACGACCAGGAGUGUAUGCUCGAGUCACCAUGUUUGUGGACUGGAUACAAAAUACCAUCUAUUACCUUGAUAUUUUUUAAUGACAGAAAUUGAAUUUAACGGUUGAAAGUAAGCCUGUAUAAUAAUGCAAAACAGACUAGCAUUCAAAACGCACAAUGAGAGAAACUGAAAAGGUAUAAUUCAAAAUACAGUCUGGACUUAAAUUUAGGGAAGCAAAUAUUAAUAAUUGAAAAUUACUUUAUUUAUAAAAAAUUGAGAGGAAUAUCUCAAAACAGAUUCUAUACUUUUUAAUAGUUUUAUAAUUUUACUUUUUCCUUUAUAUGAGAGGUAAUUCUGCUAUCUAUCCACUGUGUGGGGAAACAGUUUCUUUGAACA